AUGAAACCGACCGUGCGUUCGCCUCUGCCUUAUGGAAAUGCUUGUGCCACCUGUGCUCGUGCCAAGUGUCGUUGCGUCCCCCGGAGUGGUGGCGGCCGCUGUGAAAGAUGCCAUCGUUUGGACAAGGAAUGCCGCGUUCCUCAGGGACGUCGCAAGACCCAGCCCCAGACCUUGUCCAGGUCGGUUCAACUGGAACGGAAAAUGAAUGGCUUGAUGUUGCUGCUGACCUCCUCCUCUGGCAGUCGGACGGACCUGCCAACGCCGGUUCACGGGCAAGCUGAGGCGCAGGGGAUGGGGCAAACUGAAGUCGAAUCAGAUAGUGAAGACGAAGAAACAUUAGCAAGUGAAGAAGAAUCUCUGCAUACUUUUCGAACUCAACGGCUGCAGUUCCUCCCUCUGAUCCACAUACCAGCCACAACGACCGUUCGUGAUCUAAAACGACAGUCACCAUUUCUGUGGCGUUGUAUUACGGCUGUGGAAAGUAAGCAUACAGCACGUCAAGCAGCCUUGUGCGUAACGAUCCGGGAGCUGGCGGGGAAGCGGCUGCUGGUUGACUGCGAUAAGUCCCUGGAUCUAUUGCAGGGAGUUUUGGUCUAUCUCGCAUGGGUCACUUUUCACAGCCAGCCGCAAAAGUCAUCCCUCUGUAUCUAUUCCCAGAUGGCGAUCGGGCUAAUCUUCGAGCUGGGCCUCAACAAGCCUGCGCCUCCGGAUCUUAGCAUGACAGUCUCGAACUCCAAUGCCGUAGGCCAUAUGCCGGGUUUGAAAGCAUCGAUUUCGACUCUGCGUACGAUGAAUGAACGCCGGGCAGUAUUGAGCUGCUUUGUGCUGACUUCGAUAAUCGCGCAGUUCCUGGGUCGAAUGGAUCCACUGCGAUGGACCCCGCAUAUGAAGGAAUGUCUUGAUAUCUUAGUGCACAGUGAAGAAUCGUCUGGUGAUGGGGUGCUAGUCCAGUUCACGCGCACCCGACUUCUCGCGGACCAGAUCUUUCAAGGUCCCUGGAGUGAGGGCUUGUAUGGCCUCAAUGCGGCGCAAACCCUAGCCGCCUUUCAUCUCAAGGCACUCCAGUCACGGUUGGAGACGAUCAAGGCUGAGAUUCCCAUUCAACUGGCUGACAACAAACCCAUUCUCUUUCAUUUAUACGACACUGAGCUUAGUCUUUAUGAGGUCGCCCUAGUAAAGCCCCUUGCAGACGAGGAAUUCAGCCCCCAGCGACUUGAUCACCUCUGCACCUGUCUCCACGUGGUGAAACAGUUUUUUGAUCUAUUUUUCACAAUUCCUCCGGCUGGAUACACGUCCCUGGCGCUCCCUUAUCUUACACAGGUGUCGCACUGCUUGGUAACCCUCUUCCGCCUCUCGACCUUAGACUACCCGGGAUGGGACAAGAGCGCGGUGAAAGGCGUGGUGGACAUACUUGUCAUUGCAGAGCAAAUUGCCACGCGCAUGAGCCAGGUGGCCGAUGCGGUUGGGAUGCGCAGUGAGGGGGCGUAUGGCGAUCCGUUCAGUAAAUUGGGGAUGAUGAUGCAGAAGCUUCGGAGUGAGUGGGCAGUACGUUUACCAGAGUUCCCGGAGGUGGUAGCCGACCAAAGCUCAGGAGAACCUUUCUUGUCAAGCAUGGAGAUGGGUGAUCUAGAUAGCUUUAUGAACUGGUCAGAGAUGGCGUGGUUGACGGAAGGGCGUCAUCACGCCGCCAACAUGAGCGAAGACAGGCAGCCACGUCUUCUGAAAUCCGAACCCACCCCCUGGGACCAUGAGAUAGAUGCAGAGAACCCCAAUGAAAGCGACGAGUACGAGCCCCAAUGGGUGGAGGGAAGGGCACUGGUGAUGGUGAUUGCAGGUAUCACGCUUGUCGUGUUUUUGAUGUUGUUGGAUAUGUCGAUUGUUUCGACGGCCAUUCCAAAAAUCACCAAUCAAUUUAACUCACUCAAUGAUGUUGCAUGGUAUGGGAGUGCGUAUACGAUCUCCAGUGCCGCUCUCCAGCCGCUGACCGGGAAAUUCUACACUUACUUCUCAUCGAAGUGGACAUUCCUCUCUUUUUUCAGCAUAUUCGAAGUGGGCUCCUUGAUUUGUGGGGUAGCCAACUCUUCCAAAAUGCUCAUCGUCGGCCGCGCGAUUGCAGGAAUGGGAUCAUCGGGCAUGCUGAACGGGGCGUUGAAUAUCCUGGCCGGUGCAGUGCCGAUCAAGAAGAGACCGGCGAUGAUUGGGAUCAUUAUGGGGGUUGGCCAACUGGGCUUGGUUGGAGGGCCUCUGGUUGGUGGUGCAUUUACGACUCACUCGACUUGGCGAUGGUGCUUCUAUAUGAACCUCCCCAUCGGGGCAUUGGUUGGUGCCCUUCUCCUCUUCACACGCAUCCCGGACCAAAAGCCAAAACAACCCGCCCGCGAGAACCUGCGUUCGGUCUUCCUGCAGAAAUUCGACCUAAUUGGGUUUGUGCUGUUCGCUCCGGCCUCGAUCAUGCUUCUUCUAGCGCUACAGUAUGGUGGGAAUGGCUAUUCAUGGAAUAGUGCGACAGUCAUUGGCCUGUUCUGCGGGUCAGUCGCGAAUUUCGUGGUCUUUGCCUUGUGGGAACGGCAUAUGGGCAUCGAGGCAAUGAUUCCGGGUCAUUUAGUCUGCGACCAGAUUGUCUUAUCCAGUAGUCUACUAUCGAUAAUGACCUUUGGGCUUACGAUGACUCUCUCAUACUACCUGCCUAUCUACUUCCAGUCCGUUCGGGGCAAGUCCGCCUGGGUAAGCGGUGUCAACUUGUUGCCAAACAUCCUAUGCCAGUUGGUCAUGGCCGUGGCGUCUGGGGUGUUGACCUCAAAGCUAGGUUACUAUCUUCCUUGGGGAGUUCUCGGGGCUAUUCUAGAUGCAGUGGGUAACGGCCUCCUCUCAACCCUGUCACCCACUACCUCGGUGCCCCCCUGGGCCGGCUACGAGUCACUAGUAGGAUUCGGUCGAGGUGCCAUAUCCCAAGUACCCAUGAUCGCCAUCCAAAACGCGGUCAAAGGUGAUGAUGUCUCCACUGCCAUGGCCAUGAUGACCUGUGCCCAGACCUUUGGUGGUUCCAUCUUCCUAGCCGUGGCGGAAGUUAUAUUCUCCCAGGGCCUUAGGACGAAUAUCCCCGAGUACGCCCCCUCUGUAAAUGCCGAAGCAGUCAUUCAGGCCGGGGCGACCGGAUUCCGCCAAGUGGUGUCGGCGCAGGAUCUGCCGGCAGUGUUGGUGGCUUAUUCGAAGAGUAUAGAUCAAGUUUUCUAUUUGAAUACCGCACUGUCCUGUGCGCAGUUUGUCUUCGCAUGGGGAGUUGGAUGGAGGAGUGUGAAGAAGGGGAAGGAGGCGAAGGAGAAGGAUGAGAACCAAUUAGUGGCAGAGCAGGCGUGA